CUCUCUCUCUCUCAGGUCUUCUCGGGUGUUCUUCUGACUCUCUCUCUGGUGUCUCCAGACUGGAGUCAUGGAAUCAGACAUCACUUUAGGUCCUGCGGUCUGAUCCUCUCGGGAAUCAUCGGAUCUGAUGGGACAUUUAAGGAUGUUUUUCCCUGAUGUCUCAUAUUCACUGCUGUUGUUGGGAAUCUCGUGUCUGACUGGCUUCACUAAGACUUCACAGGAGUUCUCAGGUUAUCUGUCGCGUGUGCUGAGGAAUUACACCGAACAGGCGUGUGACGGAGAAUUCCUGACUGUUCGCUGUCCACCCAGAACCUCCAUCACCGUCCAAUCGGCUUUCUACGGAAGAACAGACCCCGCCCACUCACCUCAGUGUCCGUCCCCUUAUAGCAGUUCUGGAACAAACUCAGUGCAUGACAUCACUUCCUGUCAUGUGUCCACAUCCUUGCAGAAGAUGCUGGAUGAAUGUGAGGACAGGCGGAGAUGUCAGGUUCUUGUCAACAGUCGUUUGUUCGGGACAGACCCCUGUCCCACCAUCAGCAAAUACCUCAGUGUGCAGUUCAAGUGCAGGCCGAGUGAGUUUAAGAGUAAAGUGGUGUGUGAAGGCGAGCGCUUGCGGUUGGGUUGUAAGGCAGGGAUGCAAAUCGUGGUUUAUGCAGCCAUGUUCGGCCGCACACAGCAGGGAACGCUGGAGUGUCCUCCACACCACCAGAGGGCGCCGUCUGUCGACUGCUCGUCAGAUGUGGCUCUGCAGGUGAUGACAUCACGUUGCCAGGGGAAACGCUCCUGUGUGGUCCGCGCCUCGACACAAGAGUUUGGCGACCCCUGUUACCACGGCACCCACAAAUACCUCAGCGUCAUCCACACCUGCGUCCCAAAGAAACUCAUGCAGGACUCGGUUUCCAGGCAUCCAUCUUUCCCCUCUCCCCCUUCAGUGCCUCAUGACCCCAACGUGGUGGGAGACAGCGCCCCUUCUGACGGGACCCCGUCCCUGACCUCGGACUCUGUGCCAGGGAGGUCAACGCGAGGACGGAGUUCUGGUCCGUAUUCAGAAGAGACGGAUCAGUCUGGAGAAAGCGAUCCGAACCCAACCAUCUCCACCGUAAUCAGACCAGCCAUGGCCCUCAUCAACAGCAUGCUGGCGGCCUACACCUACAUCACAGAGCACCCGGAGCGAUGUGCGCUGUAUUUCAUGUGCGGCAUCUGUGGGGGUCUGUUCCUCACACUCUUUGCGCUGGUGGUUCAGAUUUCCUGUCGUACGGACUGUAAGCCUCGUCACGUCGUCGCUAAGAAGCCUCCUAGCCUCGAGGACUCCAACAGCAACACCUCUGACUCUGAUUCGGACUGGGACUCGAGCUCGGACCUCUCGGCCCGACGGCACCGGCGCUUCGAGCGCACGCUCAACACAAACGUCUUCAUGUCGGCGGAGGAGCUGGAGCGAGCGCAACGUUUGGAGGAGAGAGAGCGCAUCAUACGGGAAAUCUGGAUGAACGGACAGCCGGACGUCCCAGGAACCCGCAGCCUGAAUCGCUACUACUAGAGCGCUGCCUCUGAUCGGGAAGCAGCUAACGGAGUCAUCACCGUGUGUUUUUUGCAGUGGAAAUAAGCUCUUUGUUGAGGCACAGUUUAUGCGUAAGCUUCAGUACACAGAGGUGAAAGGUCAAAUGUUGCAUUCAGACCAGUUGGAUUUGGGAGUAUUCCUACUUGAUGUCUUGAAGUUGGAGAUUUAUUUUCCGCAGCAUGCGGCUGAAGCUAAGGCUCGUGGCAGAUGUGGUUCAGCUGAAAGCUGGCUCUAGGAGUCUAUAGGCAGCUCUGAGGGGUGUGAUAAGCUCUAAGCACUGUGAUUGGUCCUUCACUCCGCCUGUCAAACAGUGAGCACCGCCUUCUGUAGGGAGAGACCUGUGCAAAUUAAGUGCCUUCAGGGUUUGAUCUGACAUAUACACAUAUACAGUACAGCGGGCCUUAAAAAUAUCUCAAUGUGAUUGCAUUAGGAAGCAAAUAUAACAAACCAAGCUGCAUCUGCAAACAAAUGAUGCUGGAGCUUGACUUUUCUGCAUCAGACUUCUCAUCUCGUUUCAAAGUGGCACAGUGCAUUUUUUGCUUACACUUUACAAUAAGGUUCCAUUUGUACUGGAACU